AUGUAUUGUGAACGAUAUUACCGGAAAUGCCUAGGAGAGCUCGUCGAUGAGCCCCGCGAUGAGGUCCUCCUCGGUGAUCUCAUCGUCGUCUCUCUCCAAGAGCGCGCGCGCCGGCCCCUCGGCGGCCGCCGCCUCGACCAUGUCGACGUCGCACAGGCUGUCGUCGCAGGCGAAGCCCUGCAUGUUGCGCGCCGCGCCGUACGCGACAUCGCCCACAAUUUGGGGCUUGCCGCCCUCCAAGGCGAGAUCCGGCGGGCCCCGCUGGCACCACCCGACGAAGGACUCGAGCUUCUUGCGCUCGCCCUCGGCGACGACAACAACCGUCUUCGCUUCCUUUCCUGGCACAAUCGAUCCAGCCAAGCCACGAAAUUGUGUCAUCUCCCGCCGGCACUGGUUCGCGAAGAACGCGGUGGCCACGGUCUCUCCUUUGAGGGUGAACUCGGCGCUCUCCACGGCCAUGCGCAUGACGCGGUGCCGCUGCUGCAUAACCCUGUGUUGGGGAAUGAGGGCCGCGGCCAGCGUGCACAGCAAAGAACACCUCAUGAGAGCCAUCCUGUGAGUAACAGGCGACGUCGUACUGGCAGGAUUGACACCUAUGCUGCGAGGCGCGGAGACACGCAGGCGAAUCCGGGCUCCAGCCGGAGCUAG